GCUGCGCUCGCUGGGGAGCGGCGGGGCGCGGCGGGGCGGUGGCGGGGCGGUGGCGGCUCCCGGGCAGGGCUGCUGCCGUCCCGGCCCCGCUAACACCGCAUGCCCGGGCCCGCCGGCCCCAUUGGUCCCCGCAGUCACAUGCAGGGCGGCGGAGGGGCCGCCAGCACCCGCCUUCCGAGCCUCCCUCCGCUGGGCUGCGCGCAGGGAGCGGCCGCGAUCGCAGCAUGAGCACCCUCAAGGUCUACAGCACCUCGGUGACCGGCUCCCGGGAGAUCAAAUCCCAACAGAGUGAAGUGACCAGAAUCCUCGAUGGGAAAAACAUCAAGUACGAGCUGGUGGAUAUCUCCCAGGACAAUGCUCUUCGGGAGGAGAUGAGGGCCAAGGCGGGCAACCCCAAAGCCAUCCCGCCCCAGAUCGUCAACGGAGACCACUACUGCGGGGAUUACGAGCUCUUUGUGGAAGCGGUGGAACAAAACACCCUGCAGGAAUUCCUGAAGCUGGCCUGAGCCCCGGGCUCCCCUCCCGUCCUGGACUCUACCUGCAUUCCUGAGCACCCUCAUCUCUGACCACAUUCAAUUCCAGGUUGUCAGCACUGUCCUGGCACCAUGACCUGUAUCCCAGCACAGGGAAACCCCACGACCAAAACUCCUCCUUGCAGCUGCCUACGAUUCCCUCCUGCCUAACCCCGAUAUCAUCUCAGAGGGAUCCAAAGAAAGUCUGACGCUUGCUGCGUAUGGCCUCUGAACGAAGCUGGGCCUGGCUCACUCCGCAGCUUCCAGUGCCUCUGUAAACAGCAAAGCCUCUCGGGCUGUGCGAAGUGCAGCUGUCCGUCAGCCCUCUCCUCUACAGGGAGAGCUUCUGCUUUAGGAGGGAAGGGCUUAAGGUUGCAUGUUACUUCCCACUUCCCCCAGUUGCUGUUACAAUUGUAAAUCCUGCUGCCUCACUUCCUUUAUUUUUUUUUUAAUCCCAACUGCACAGAAUUACGGUGACUAAUUUUUGUCUUGUUUUAAUUUAAUGCAGAAAUACUGCACAAAGCUGGGUCUGACCGCCCACCACGGAGCAGGCUGGGGCUGAGGUGUAGGGCUCGUGUCCCUUGGCAGGCUGCGUGAGGGGGAUGGAUAGGCCCAAAACUGGGACCUGUGCUGCUCCCUCGGUGCCCUCUGCUGCAGUGCAAGGGCUCCCUCGUGAGCAUUAAUGGCUCAGGGCUGCUCCGGAACAGCUGAUGCUCCAGCUGUCUUACCUUUCCUUUUUGAGUUGGCUUUUUGCAACCUGGACCAAGUGCAUUUUGUUUUCCUGCCAAAAAGCAAGUUUAUAACCAGUGUCGUCUUCCGAGAUGCUAUUAAACGUUACUGUACCUUU